CCCCGCCGGCGCCCGCCAUGCCCGCCGCGCCCGUGCCGGCCUCGCUGCCCACGCCGACGCACCGCGCGCGCUGGGCCGGCUAUGCGGGCAAGCAGCACCGCCUCUGGCGGGCGCGUGCGGCGCUGCGAGAGGAGCUGGCAGAGUUUGCGGGCACGGCGAUGAUUAUCAUCUUUGGCGUAGGCGUCGAGUGCGAGGUGGAGCUGCACAUGGCGGUGCACUCGGGCCCGGACGCGGCCAAGAGCCUCAUGUCGCGCUUUGCGUGGGCGACGGGCGUGGCGAUUGGCAUCUGGGUUGCCGGCGGCAUCAGCGGCGCGCACCUCAACCCAACCGUGACGAUCUCGCUGGCCAUGUUCCGCGGCUUCCCGAUGCGCAAGGUUGGCCGCUACAUCCUGGCGCAGAUCCUAGGCGCCUGCUUCGGCGCGUUCCUCAUCUACGCCAACUACCACCACUCGAUCGAGCGCGUCGAGGGCGGCGCGCAGCGCACCGUCUACGGCCCCGACGCGACGGCCUCGCUCUUCUUCACCUUCCCGCAGCCGUACCUGCCGUGGACCGCCUCGUUCUACAGCGAGUUCCUGGCGUCGGGCGUGCUCCUGUGCGCCGUCUUUGCGCUCUCGGACAGCCGCAACCUGGCGCCGCCGCUUGGUCUCAUGCCGCUCGCGAUGUGGAUGCUGCUCGUCGGCAUCGGAGCAUCGCUCGGCAUUAACACUGGAUACGCCAUGAACUUCGCGCGCGACACUGGACCGCGUAUCGCAUGCUGGCUGCUCGGCUACGGCAACGAGGUGUGGACGGACCACGGCUACUACUUCGCCUGGGGCCCAGGCAUUGCGUCUGUGUUCGGCGGUCUAGCCGGCAGUGCCUUCUACGACCUGCUCAUCUCUGGGCCGCGCGAAGACUCGCCGAUCAACCGUCCGCGCGGACGCCGCGCGCAGGGCGCUGCGGACGACAGUGACGAGGAGCAGGAACUGGCCUAGUCUGUCUCUUCCUGCCAAACGCGCAUCCGUUCCUCUUUUUGGCCCACGACUCCCUGACGACACUUGUAGCCUCACGAGCCCGACGACAAUAGACUAAACUGAGCAGC